AUGUGGCGUAGUUUACCGAGUUUGAUGUCGUCGGCGGUGCGAUCUCAAAAUGUCGCUGCAACUCGGCAUUCCAGCACAAUGAAGCAAUUCUUCGACGACGAAGCGAAUUUCGGAAAAGCUGAGCUCCGCCCCAAGGCGCGGCCUGGAAGAUCAUGGACAGAGGAAGAAUUGCGACUGAAAAGUAACUCAGAUUUGCAUAAACUUUGGUACGUAUGCUUAAAAGAGCGAAACAUGCUGAUAACGAUGAAGAAGGCGCAUGUUUCACGUGCACGAAACAUGCCGAACCCAGAGAGAAUCGAUCGCGUUCAAGAGUCAAUGGAUCGAAUCGAAACAGUGGUUCAUGAGAGAAACGAUGCUGUAUUCAAAUUGGAAACUGGCGAAUCGGCUGAUCCAAGAAAGAGAACCAUCACUUCUUUCGCCGGAUUCACUUAUGAAAAACAAGCAACAGAGCAUUACUCCCCACCACAGCCCGGAAAGAAAAAAUACGAAACGCCAUAUCUUGACGACGACGCCUACAUGAUGCAGAAGCUUUGGCAGGAGAAGGAAUUCUUUAAGAAUAGAGACAGGCUGGACGAUGAGAAGAGACGGGCUGCUCGAACAGAAGAUAUGGACAGAUUUAAGAGAGGAGCACCACGGGUUUUCAAUAGAUAA